AUUAAGGCAAAAGUGAAUCAAAAGAAUGUAUUAAACGUUUUAUUGUGGACUACUAGUUAAGGAAUAAUCAUUGAUCACAUGAAGAAGUGUCGAUUGAAAGGAAAAAUUGAAGAUUCUGCGGCAAACAAAUUUGUUUAUAGAGUUUUCUAAUUAAAUACACUAAAAAUGACCACAGAAAAGAGUAUAUUGUAUCCAAAUCAGCUGAAACCAUGUUCAGAGGAUCUUCGUGAUGAUGAGCUAGUAAGAAGGCUCAAGGCGCUAUCAUUAACAUUGCAAGCUAUGGGACAAGAUGAUGAGAAUUUCUCAAAGUAUACACCGUUAGCAUUACAUUUAGUCAAAGACUUUUUCCUAAAUCACGACUCGAAAGAUGUUCAGCUUCUCGUUGGCUGUUGCAUUGCUGAUAUUUUGAGAGUUUUUGCACCGGAAGCGCCAUAUAAGGAACCGGAACAGAUUAAAGAAAUUUUUGAAUUUCUAAUUCGACAAUUAAAUGGUCUUAAAGAUCCAAAAGAUCCAGCAUUUAAGAGAUACUUUUACUUGCUCGAGAAUCUAGCAUACGUAAAGAGUUUCAACAUGUGCUUUGAGCUUGUUGAAAGCCAAGAAAUAUUUUGCUCACUAUUUGGUCUUAUGUUUAAAAUCGUAAAUGACGAACAUAGCGCCAAAGUUAAAUCAUUUAUGUUGGAAAUAUUAGUUCCACUACUCGCCGAGUCUGAUUCAAUAUCGAAUGAAUUACUUGAUAUUAUAAUGAUCAAUAUUGUUGAGCCUAAUAAGACACAAAAGAAAAACGCUUAUAAUUUGGCCAAGGACUUGAUUAUGAAGACUACAGAUUCACUUGUGAUGUAUAUUCAAGCUUUCCUCAACGAAGCUUUAAUGACUGAUAAGCCAGAUAAAAUCUAUCAAAGUACCAAACGAAUCUAUGAUCUAAUUUAUGAAUUAAAUGUUAUUGCAUCAACAUUAUUAGUUUCCGUGUUACCGCAACUUGAAUGUAAAAUAAAAUCAUCAAAUGAAAGUGAGCGAUUAAAGGCUGUUGCAUUAUUGGCGCGAAUGUUUAGCGAGAAAGAUUCAAAAUUGGGAAAACAGCAUACGGCACUACUAAAUCAUUUCCUCGGACGAUUUCUUGACAUUGCUGUUGCUAUUCGCAUUAAAUGUGUACAAAGUACAAUGCAUUUUCUUGUAAAUCAUCCCGAAUUGCGUACAGAAAUCAUAAACGUAUUAAACGGACGUCAACAUGAUUCUGAUGAAAGCGUUAGAUAUGAAGUAGUUAAUUCAAUUGUAGAAACUGCGAAGCGCGAUUAUAAAAUUAUUGCAGAGGCUGCUGAUUUAAUGGCAAUAUUAAAGGAACGCUCACAAGACAAAAAAUUCAAAAUACGACGUGCUGCAAUGAAUGGACUAGCCUUGAUUUAUAAUGAGCAUCUAAAAUCAACAUUAGCAAGUGAAUUGCCGGCAAUAUCGCCAUUAGAUUCAGCUAAUUGGAUACAAAUUAAGAUCCUAAAUGGAUAUUAUCAUGCAACCCUUGAAGAUCAAUUAUUAAUUGAACGGCUAUUAAUCACGAGUCUUGUCCCCUAUACACUAUCAGCUAAUGAUAAAAUGAAGGCUCUCUAUAAAUUAUUAGCAACAAUCGAUGAUCAUGCAUUAAAAGCUUUUAUUGAGCUCCAAAAAAAUCAAAUGAAAAUGCGUAAGAAUGUCCUUGACUGGGUGAAGCUGCACAAACUUAAGGAGACGCCAGAGACACAAAAGGAGAUAACAAAGAAGAUGAAUGUCUUACUUAAAAUGUUUCCAGAUCCAUUAAAAUCUCAAGAAUAUAUCAUAAAGUUUUCAGCACAUUUGAGAAAAGAUAAAGCCAUACUUAAAGAUAUGGAUACAAUGUUACGACGCGAUGUCGAUAAUAAAUCAUGUGCUGAGGCAAUGUCAAGUAUACUUAAAAAACUCGGAACUCCAAUCAUGACCAAUAUUUAUUAUAAUACUGUAAAAAUUAUGUUAAGUCGAAUUGCGAGUGUCAUGAUUGAUCGAGAGAAUAUCGAGGUAUUGAUCCAGUUAAUUGAGGGACAGUUACAUUUGGCAACAAAACUACAGAAGAUUGAUGAUGAUGAGAAUGAGGAUCCAGAGAUUGAUGCGAGAAAGACAAGUAAUGUAUUACUUGAGAAUCUUAAAUUACGUCCAGAAGACACAAGCGCCAAAGGUUUAAAUCUUUUAACCGUCUUAAUUUAUCUAUUUCCUGCACAUUUUCUUCACGAGUCUGUUUUAAGAUCAAUGAUGAGUCUUUUGGGUAGUUUUGAGCUUGAUUUUGUAUCAGCUAGUGUCUUUAAGGCAUUAACACAUCUCGGACGAUUUAAACCGUUAAUUGAAUCACAUUUGGAAGUGAUGGAAGAUUUGGCGCCAAUUUGUAAAGACUUUGCAACAAAUGGAACGGCAAAACAGGCAAAGCAUGCGAUUAGAUGUCUCUUUGUCAACUCUAAUUCAACAAUGAUUGAGAAGGAGGACGAGGAUUCUAAUGGAAAAAGAAUUAAGAAGCAUAUUGAUGCUGUAUUUCAAGAGAUUGUCGAUGAAACAAAUAAGAAUCUUCAAGCUGAUUGUGAGCAUUAUAGGACAGCAAUUGUAGCUUUUGGACAUAUUGCUUACAAUCUACCAGAACGCUUCAAUAUUCCUCUCAAAAAUAUUGUGUCUAGAAAGAUUGUUAAGGAUCUAUUAAUUGGUGAUAUUCCAGAAAGCAUCCAUGAUGAGAAGCCUGAUGGAGAAUGGUGUGAAGAAGAGGACUUACCUGAAGCAAUUCGGUGUCGAGUCGAAGGACUGAAAGCAAUUGCACGUUGGCUUGUUGGCUUAAAAGAUAACGUUGUGGCUGCACAAAAGACUUUUCGAAUGUUGUGUGCUUUUAUAAGUAAAACGGGUGACAUUUUAGACAAGGGACAAUUGAGUGAAGCUGAAAAGGCAUGGCUGAGAGUCUCAGCUGGAAAUGCUAUGCUUAAAAUUUGCGAACAAAAGGGAGUUGGUGAUGAAUACAAUGCUGAACAAUUUCUAACGUUAUCAUCCUUAAUGAACGAUCCAGUAGUUCAAGUACGUGAGCUGUUUGUAAAGAAGCUUCAUAAAGGACUGUACAAAGGAAUUCCCCACAAAUGUUUACCACUUGAUUUUAUGGGAUUUUACGUGAUUUGUGGACGAGAAAGUGAUAGAAAACUACGAGAACAAAUGAAGAACAAUUAUGAGAUUGACGUGAAUCAUCGAAGGGAAUAUGUCAAGACUUUCUCAAACGGUGGAAUGGAAGGCGCGUUAGCUCAAUUAGCAAACAUUUUACCUGAUCAUAUUUUACCAUUCGCGAUAACAGUUUUGGCUCAUAGUACAAUACUACAGGAGAGAAGCAACGUCGAGCAGCUUAAAAUUGCUGAAAAAUGUCUCAAUUUCAUUCUUGAACCACUUAUAACGAAUAAGGAGACAUUUUGCUUUAGUUUAUAUACGAAUAUGAUCCAGAAAAUGAAGAAUUCUAAAAGCGCCUAUCAACAACUAGAUAAUCAAGUUAAUGAAAAGCUAUGGACACUUUGUGAUCUUUCCCUACACAUAAUCCUAUCGAAGCUAAAGAGCGUGGAUAUGCGCGAAUAUACGCUAGAUCAAGUGCACAUUCCACGCAUGUAUUUCCAAGAACAAACAACAGAUUUUGAGAACAAGCGAAACUAUUUAUGUGACGAGUUUAAGAGCAUUUCAAUGCAGAUAGAUGAUGGUGAAAAUUCAAAUAGUAUUUCUGGACCAUCAGUUAAGCGAUGCGUUGAAUUACCCACGCGAGAUGCCACAAAACGAUUAAGGAACGCUUGAGAAUAUUAUUUAAUUAAGACUAGCUACUUAAGUUCGAUUUAAUUUUAUAUUUAAUUAACUUAAUUUUAAUGAUUUUAUUUUUGUCGUCGCACUGUACGUUGUACACGAUUUUCUGUAGAAUAGACAUUUCCUUAUUGUACUUUUUUUCGCACAUUAUUUAAAAUUUUUUCUUUAAUUUCACUUUACUUUUAAGUUAAUUAAAUGAACUUGUGUUUACUGAAAACAAAAAUAAGAAGAAUAAAGAGUCAA